AACAUGCAUCGUGCACCGGAAAAACGCGCCCAUCCAAGCGGAUAUGUGCGAGCAUCGCCGCAUGAAGGCCCUUUUCCGCCUCUGAGAAGUGUGCUCCGGACCGUCAGACACCAUGACCGAGUGGGAGACUGCACCGGCAGUGGCUGAGACUCCCGAGAUCAAGCUGUUUGGCAAGUGGAGCACCGAUGAUGUCCAGAUCAAUGACAUCUCCCUGCAGGAUUACAUUGCCGUGAAGGAGAAGUACGCCAAGUACCUGCCGCACUCUGGCGGCCGCUAUGCCGCCAAGCGUUUCCGCAAGGCCCAGUGCCCCAUCGUGGAGCGUCUGACCAACUCCAUGAUGAUGCACGGCCGCAACAAUGGCAAGAAGCUGAUGACCGUGCGCAUCGUCAAGCACGCCUUCGAGAUCAUCCACCUGUUGACCGGAGAGAACCCCCUCCAAGUCUUGGUGAACGCCAUCAUAAACAGUGGACCCCGUGAGGACUCCACCCGUAUUGGCCGCGCCGGUACAGUCAGGAGACAGGCCGUGGACGUGUCGCCCCUCCGUAGAGUCAACCAGGCUAUUUGGCUGCUGUGCACAGGCGCAAGAGAAGCUGCUUUCAGGAACAUCAAGACCAUUGCAGAGUGCCUGGCUGAUGAGCUCAUCAAUGCUGCAAAGGGUUCAUCUAAUUCUUACGCCAUCAAGAAGAAAGACGAGUUGGAGAGAGUUGCCAAGUCCAACCGUUAAAAUGUUCUUUCUAGCAAAUCAAUAAAUUUGAAUACAUCA